AUGGGAGAGAGAAGAGCUUUGUUGCUGCUGCUGGUGCUAGCGAUCAUGUGCCAUGUAGUGGCCUUGGUGAGUGGUUACCGUGAAGACUAUCCUGAAGGAGGAGGAGGGAGGAGAGAGAGAGAGGAGAGAGAAAGAGAGAGGGAAGAGAGAGAGCAUGAAGAAGGGUGGUUUCUGUUGCAGGACUCAAAGCAUGUGGUGAAGACUGAUGCAGGGGACAUGAGAGUGGUGAGAGGAGGGUUUGGAGGCGCCAGAUCUAUUGUGGAAACUCCUAUGCACAUUGGCUUCAUCACCAUGGAACCCCAAAGCCUUUUCAUCCCUCAGUACCUUGAUUCCACUCUCAUCCUCUUCAUUCGCAGAGGGGGAGCGAGGAUUGGAAUGAUAUACAAAGAUGACUUUGUGGAGAAGAUACUGAAGAUGGGAGAUAUAUAUAGAAUUCCGGCCGGCUCGGCGUUCUACUUGGUUAACACAGAGGAGGGGCAGAGACUACAUGUCAUAUGUAGCAUCGACACAUCCGAGAGCUUGCGGUCGGAUACCUUACAGUCUUUCUUCAUUGGUGGAGGAACUUAUCCCACAUCUGUUCUUGCUGGAUUCGACCCCGAAACACUAGCAACUGCAUUUAACGUCUCAGUAACAGAAUUAAGGGAGGUGUUGACUAAGCAAGAAGCGGGCCCAAUUGUCCACUUGUCGGACUCUCAUUCACCAAGUGUUUGGACACAAUUCAUGCAAUUAAAGGAGCAUGAAAGGGUAGCUCACCUAAAGAGAAUGGUGCACUUUCAAGAAGAAGAAGAAGAAGAAGCCAUUGAGGAGGAGCAACCAACAUGGUCAUUCAGGAAGUUCUUGAACUCCGUAUUCGGUGAAGAAAAUAAGAGAAAGGAGGAGAAGAGAACGACCAGCGGGAAGGAACCGGACUCCUACAACCUCUACAAUAGACGUCCCGACUUCAGGAACAACUAUGGCUGGAGCAUGGCCCUCGACGAAUCCGAUUACACCCCACUUCGCCACUCCGGUGUUGGCGUUUAUUUAGUCAAUCUCACUGCGGGGUCUAUGAUGGCACCUCAUGUUAACCCAACAGCGACAGAGUAUGGCAUUGUGCUGAGAGGAAGUGGUACAAUCCAGAUAGUGUAUCCUAACGGAACUUCUGCAAUGAAUGCACAAGUGAGUGAAGGUGAUGUGUUUUGGGUGCCAAGAUACUUCCCAUUCUGCCAAAUAGCGUCUAGAACCGGUCCCUUCGAGUUCUUCGGCUUCACCACCUCGGCACGCAAGAACCGGCCACAGUUCCUGGUGGGUCGGAACUCGAUUCUGCAGACCAUGAGAGGAGAUGAGUUCGCAGCUGCAUUUGGUGUGAGCAGGGAGAAGCUUUGGGAGAUCAUCGAUGCUCAGAAUGAGGCCGUCAUUCUGCCCUCGGCCUCCGCGGCACCGCCGGAGAUGAAGAUUAAGGUGAAGAAGGUGGUGCCUAAGGUGAUAACAGAGGUGGUUAUGGACUUUGACUGAAGGACUAGGACUAGCUAUUUGGUAUGGGUGGGUAGAGAUGAAAUAGCGAUUUCAGGAGCGUUUAUGUUUAUGUUUUGUUUUGUUCUGUUUUUGUUUAUUGUGGUUCUUUGCUAAGAUUUUGAGAGAUGUGACUAAGAUGGUUUUAAUCUUUUUUUCUCCUCAGUCCACGACUCCACGUGUGUAAAUUAAUAAGGUCUUUUUUUCUCUUUAUCCAUUGCUAUG